AUGCAUGUACCAGAUUAGCAAGCAGGUCUUCAAGUGAACUGCAGUACUGAUCACUAGCUAGCCAAGUUUGAGUUCAGUAUACAAUUAAUUAAGCCAGCAAUUCUAGCUCAGGGUAAUUAACAGGCGGUGAUCGAGCAGCAUGUCGAGGGAUCCGCUGAUCGUGGGGAACAUCGUGGGCGACAUCGUGGAUUACUUCGACGCGUCGGCGCGGCUGAGGGUGCUGUACGGCAACCGCGAGAUCACCAACGGGUCCGAGCUGAAGCCGGUGGCGAACCAGCCGACGGUCCAGAUCACCGGACGAUCCAGAUCGCUCUACACGCUCGUGAUCAUGGACCCUGAUGCACCCACGCCAAGCGACCCUUCCAAAAGGGAGUACCUCCAUUGGUUGGUCACAGACAUACCAGAAGGAGGCGACGUCAGUCGUGGAACUGCGGUGGUGGCGUACGAGAAGCCGCAGCCGACGGCGGGGAUCCACCGCUUCGCGUUCGUGGCGUUCCGGCAGACAGAGCGGCAGACGAUCUACGCGCCGGGCUGGCGUGCCAACUUCAACGCCAGGGACUUCGCCGAGUGCUACGGCCUCGGUGCCCCUGUCGCCGCCGCCUACUUCAACUGCCAGAGAGAGGGCACCUGCGGCGGCCGGAGGUACCGCUGCUAGCUGAAACGCCGGCCGGUGCAGUGGCGGUGCAGCCAUGGAAAAUGAAUUAAUAAAUAUAAUUAUGCGGAGUAAUAAAUAUUGUUUAUCCUGGCUUCGAUUUGUUUUGUGUUACUGUCGUACACGAUGUACUUGCAAUUCUCAAUGCUAAAGUGAAGUACUUGAGGAAA